GGAGGAUCUUCUCUUUAGAUUUGAAAUGGCUGCAGUGAUUAAUGAAGCAAGAUCAAAGAUUUCAAAAAUAUUUACUGGGGAGCCCCGUUCGUACACGCGCUUCAAUCUUGCACAGAGCACCGAUGGAGACGGCAGCCACGUGGAGGUGAAGCUCCCAUCAGAAGUCGAAGAUGAAGUCACCAUUACAGAUGGAGAGAGCCGGCCCCCUCUCAACACCUACACCCAGAGACGGGCACUGGACAGAAAGAAAAACAUCUUCUACCUGGCUGUUGGAGCCCUGCUGCUGUUUGUUAUCGGUUACCUCAUUGGCUACAUGACGCACCAGAAGCCAAAUGUGGAGCCUUCAGCAUGUACUGAGACGGAGGGGGUGAGCGAGCGUGUGGGUGAGGACAUGAGUGAGACCCUGGCCGCUGUUCAACCCAUGGAACUCCCUCCGGACUGGAGUGGAAUUAAAACCCUGUUUCAAGAAAAGUUUUCAGCUGAGGCCUUUGAGAAGCAGUUCAGUGAAUUUUCUCAAAGCAGUCACAAUGCUGGAAGCGACGGUGAUGAGUUUCUUGCCAAAAAAGUGUUUGACAAUUUCACGGCUCUGAACAUGGCUCCGUGGUUCGACGAACACUUUGUCACACUGCAGGUGCCCUCCAGUGCGAAUCCAAAUAAAGUCAUGUUUGGCACUGAUGAGAUCGGCAGCCCAAAGGGAUACCUGGCUUAUAGUGCUACGGGAACCAAGAAGGGGCGGGUGGUAUAUGCUAACUAUGGUCGGCCUGAAGACUUCGAGUACUUGAGGAACAUGAAGAAAAAUCUGACUGACAGUGUUUUGCUGCUCAGAGCUGGAGAGCUCAGCAUGGCACAAAAGGUGGCUAAUGCUGCUAAGCAGGGUGUAGCUGCUGUGUUGAUCUACCCAGACAGCGCUGACUAUAAAUUUGACGGAAACACUGAAAUCUCUGGCCACGUCCACUUGGGCUCAGGUGAUCCUUAUACUCCAGGGUUCCCCUCUUUCAACCACACUCAGUUUCCCCCCGCCAAGUCCUCUGGCCUUCCUCAAAUAUUGGCCCAGACAAUCACUGGAGAUAUGGCUGUCAAGAUCCUUCAGAAAAUGACCGGUGAGGAGGCACCUACCAACUUUAUAGGGGCACUCAAAGGCGUCUCAAAGUAUAGACUGGGAGGGGAGGACAAUGAAGUGACAGUGACGGUCAACAACGUCCUGAAAAACACCAGGAUUCAGAAUGUCUUUGGAGUCAUCAAGGGAUUUGUGGAUGCAGACCGUUAUGUGGUAAUUGGUGCGCAGAGAGACUCCAUUACCCCAGGCUACGCCAAAUCGACAGUGGGCACCACCCUGUUGGUGGAGCUUGCCAGAGCAAUCUCAGAGAUGGUGGAGAAUGACAAUUUCAGACCCAGAAGAAGCCUAGUGUUUGCAAGCUGGAGUGCAGGGGAUUAUGGGAAUGUUGGUGCCACAGAGUGGUUGGAGGGCUAUUUGUCUUCACUGGACAAGAAAGCUUUUACUUACAUCAGUCUGGAUGGAGCCAUUACUGGUGUUGGUGCAUUUAAAGCAUCGGCCAGCCCAUUGCUGCACACACUUCUUCAGAACACCAUGAAAGAGGUGAAGCAACCAAUGAGAGAUGGGACUGAUCAGUCCCUAUUUGCUUAUGUAGCUGGAGCGAAGUGGGAAACGUCAGUUCUGGAGCCUAUGAAAAUGGACGACACUGCUUACCCAUUCAUGGCCAUUUCUGGCAUCCCCUCAGUGUCGUUCCGAUUCGUCUCUACGACGGCGACAACGGACUACGUGUACUAUGGGACUAAGCUGGAUGAUAAAACACACCUGGACUAUGCGACUAAUCAUCGGCUUAGUACACUUGCGGUCUCUGCAGCUCAGAUCGCAGGUCAGAUGGCCCUCAGGCUGGUCCACGACCACCUGCUGUACCUGGAUGUCACCAAAUACCUUGCCGUCAUUGGGGGCCACGUGCGCGAGACAGCCAGGCUCGUCUCAGACCUCAAACGCUCUGGUGUGGUAACAAGUUCAGACUCUGGGUUUCUGACCAGCGAUUGGCUUAUCGAAGCUUAUGGAUCCUACAGUCGUGCCUCUAGAUCUCUGGACAACACCGUGAAGAACUCUGACCUCAACGACAUGGAGAUGUGUCGCAUCAUCAAUGACCGCAUCAUGAGGGUGGAGCACAAUUUCCUCUCACCGUAUGUCUCGCCAAGAGAAACCUCAUUCCGCCACAUUUUCUUCGGCCAAGGGGAUCACACCUUCACUGCACUGAAAGACCACCUGAAUGACCUGAAGAAGCAAGCAGAAGGUGCAGACAUGGGUGUAUUCCGUAACCAGUUUGCCUUGGCCACCUGGACCAUCCAGGGUUGCGCCAAUGACCUCGCUGGUGAUGUGUGGGAUUUGAACAAUGAAAUUUAAAACAUGUUGGCUUUUAUUUUCAAGUCCGUUUAACUGAUGUCAUUUAUGAUGAACAGGGGAAAAAAAAUAUCCAUUCAGUACAUUUUUAAUCCUCUCUGACUGACCUGAAAGUAUUUUUUUUCCCCUAGUAGGAACACUUGUUAAAUUCAUUUAAAUAUGUUCAUUCACUAUAAGUUGAGUUUACCUUUUCAGGCCCUGCUAAUAACCAGUCAAAAAUAAUAAUAUUAGUAAUGAUAAUAAAUAAUAACAACAAUAAGAAGAAAUAAUAAUAAUAAAUCAUAAUAAAUCUAGUAUUUCGAAAACAUCACUAUCGCCACAGCAGUUAACAUAAUCAGUUAAGAUUUGUGGUCUUUAUGCUGUAACAAAUCUUUCAUAAUACACAUCUACUAGGAUACACAAGGAUAUAAACAUCACAUUUUUUUUCCUUCAAUGGUAUGGUCAGUUCUUUAACCAUCCCUGUGUAGUUAACCUUUAGCGAACUCAAAACAUACACAAGGUGCUUGUGAGGUCUGAAUACCAGGCACAAUCUGAUAUUAAUCCGAAACAACAUUCUCCUGUUUGCCUGCUUUGUACAUCAUCUUGCCAAGUUAUUUAUCGAUGCACAGUGUGCAGUGUAUAAUCUCAAACUGGGAUUUGACCUGCUCCAUCGCUAUUCAUACUUGAUCUAAACCCCAAACCAAAGCCUUCGUGUGGGAUAGGUCUGCCUUUGCCAUUUCUGUAAGCAUUUACCUUACCCAUUUGGCACUGAGAACCGUGUGUAUUUUUUAAUUUAUUUAUCAGUGACAGUGUUCACUAUAAAUGUGUCUUUUUAAAUUAUCGGAAGCAGUGUCUUCCAUAAUUUUGACGGUUAUACUGUCAGUUUUUAAAAGCAGCAUCUGCUACAGAAAUACGUGUUACAAACAGCUGUCACUAGAAAUUGCCUGUGUUACAAGGUUCAGGUGAUGAUGAUCAGUCGAUUGAAAUAGAGCACUUAGGCGUUCAAUUUGUGAAGCAGAAAGUUUUGUUUCAAAAUAAUUCAACCCUCUCUUUGCACUCAACAAUUAGAGGAUAUUUGUUACCGAUCAAUAAAAUGGUCAAACCAAAAGAGACCAAAAAAAGAAAAAAAAAAAAAGUUGGGUCAGAGCUACAAAGAAACCAAAAAUAAAUAUUGGCAAAAGUGUUGUUUUUUUUUUUUUUCAAAUAGUUGGCAAAUUGUCAAUUUCUGUGACGAAGCAUUUUUUUGGAACAUUUAUAUUUCUGUCCUUAAACAUUAUCGGGAGCAGUGUCUUCCAUAAUGUGGAAAGUGUUUGAAGGUAGUUUUUGCCUACCGGCGUGUAUAUAUCGGGGGCAGUGUCCCUCAUAUUUCACUGUAGGGUGGAUCAAAUUAUCGGGAACAGUGUUUCCCAUAGUUUUAUAUAUAUAUUUAUUGGUUUUAUUUUGUUGUUGCUUUGUUUUUUUUCAUUUCAGUGGUGUUUGUGGCUUUUUGUGUGUAUUGUCCAAGUCUAUGAAAAUCUGAACAAAUCUCCAGUCAAAUUGUUCUUCCUGUGCACAUUAACUUGUCCACUACAGGGUCACAGAUAUACAUCAUAGAUACUCAGUAGUUCUCCCUGGGUUGUCAUUAACAACAUGUUUGUGAGGGACAACAUGGCUUUUGAUUGUUUUCAGAGUCUCCAUUUAGUCUUUGAUUAUUUGCUUUGUUUUCUAGCUUUUUCUGUGGUUCUUUCAAAUCAAAAUACAUACUUUGGGUCUUAGAGCGAUUCUAACUAUUUUCUUCAAGACAGAGUUCAUUCUGGUUGUGACUGCACUUCUGUGUAUUUAAUCGUUGGGUGAAGGGAAUUUGAAAAGGGUCUGUUUGUGCACACAGAUUGAUUUCCAUAGCUUCACGUAGUCAAUCGAUUGUUUUACCAUUUUACCGUAUAGAUGUAAUAGUUGGAGCAUACCUAAGUUUGGAGGCUACUUACUGUAUUUGGUGUGGUGUGUUACCUGUCAUCAAUCCUGUUGUCAUUAAUUGCUUCAAACCUAAAUCCAGAGUGUUGAGUGUCACAUAAGCAUAGACUCCUAGGUUAAACAUUGCUUGCUGUUCACUGAUGCACAACAAAAAAACAACAUUCUGCAGUGUCCCCUGGCUUAAACGCUGACUGAAGUAACCUUUAUAGAUAAACCGCAAAGCAUGUUCAUAGAAAUAUACAUUCAGUUAUACACAACCUACAGGUAAAAUUAAACUGUUACCUUCAAAUGUUAGAAUAGGUUUAAAAAUUAUCAUGAUUGAGUCUACCUGUUUGGAAAAAUGAAUUUGCUAUUUUAAAUGGAUUUUCUUUCUUCACAUGUAAUGUUUAAAAGUAUGUAUGCUCAUAUUAUACACUCUGCAUAACUGUUCUUCAGGAUGUGUGUACAAUGAACUAGUUUCUGAACUGCUGAAAGAUCUGAAUUUGUCAAUGUGUAAUAAAUUUGUUUUGCUUUUA